AUGCUAGACUUUUAUAAAAUACUAGGUGUUUCACAAACGGCCAGCGUAGAAGAGAUAAAGAAAGCGUACCGGAAGCUCUGCCUCCGCUGGCACCCGGACAAGAACCUCGACAGCAAAGAGCUGGCAGAAUAUCGCUUCCGCAACAUCUCUCAGGCCUACCGAAUUCUCUCGGACGAAAAGAAACGCAAGGAUUACGAUUACCAGUGUGCCCUGAUUCGAAGCAGGAUGCGCAACGCCCCCAGAAGACCCCCAUCUUCAAGCCCCUUCGUAACUCUCGAGGAAAUAAUCAAGGGAAUACACCGCAAGCCGUGGGACUCUGCGGCCUAUGGCUUCAAGCCCCCGUUUACUUCGAGAAAGACAGCGCAGUCAAGGCGGGGAUUUGGAUUCAGCGCAACCUUUGGAAUGGAAAAUCCGUUUGGGGAAAAAAGGACCGUCCAUCGCUGCACCAUUGGUAAAACUCGCAAAGUAGAUGAGGGAGCCCUACCGACAAGGCAAGAACACCCGCCGUCGGUGUCUGAGACUCCGCGGGCGAGAGCCAAGGUCAUCGAACUGCGGUCUACCAUUUGUGAUGGCGUACGGAAGAUUUGUAGGUACGAAAACGGCGUGAAGGUGUCUACGGACGCGUACGAGAUACCUGAGUCAAAGAAGGCUACAAUUUCUUUCCGGGUUGCUCUGUGA